GAUUAUGUUGAUAAAUUAAAUUGCCUCCACCUUAAAUUUUAAAUUAAGAGUGUCAAUUACCCUUAGUAACAAGAUUAAUUCAACUAAUUAAUCUCUAAAACAAUCAGAUAAUCUGAUAAUCCAAAUGGUUGUUGAUUGUCCUUCUCAAAUUUUUUUUUCUUCAUACUUUUGUUGAUUGUUGUCUUACAAUCAAUUGAUUGCAGCUAAUUUGGUCUCUUUCUUUACCUGUCUGUCUGUGUUUACCAUGUUAAUCCAGUUUAAUUCUCAAUGUGAAUCAAAUCUGAUUAGAUUAAUAAUCUACUUUCUUGUUAUGAAACUGUUACCAUUGUUAUCGGUUAUUGUUUAUCAAACCUAAACACAGAAAGAGAGAGAAAAUUUUUCAAUUCAAUUUGUCUUGAUUGUUUGCAGUUAAUUAAAUCAAUUAAUCAAUUAUACUCAGACUGAUUUUCCUCCACUUCUCAAGGGUAAUUCUAAUUGUUGAUAAUCAUCAUCGAUAAUCUUCUGGUACACAAGCCAAUCUACUUGUCAUUUAAUGUUGAAUAUUCAUCAACUUUUUCUCAAUCACUAAUCGUUUACAUGGUAACAUGGUCUCUCUAACCCUAUCAAAGUUAUUUACUCGGGGUCUUUCCAAUCUAAGGCUUUAUCCAGCAUCGGUUAAGGUUGUCGAGGUUGGACCAAGGGAUGGAUUACAAAAUGAGAAGACAAUUAUUGACACUUCGAUUAAGGUUGAAUUGAUUAACAGAUUAAAUCAAUGUGGAUUAAAGGUCAUUGAGGUUACAUCAUUUGUCUCACCUAAAUGGGUUCCACAAAUGUCCGAUAAUAAGCAAGUCUAUGGGCAGAUUACCAAGAGAAAUGAUGUUAGUUAUCCGGUUCUGGUUCCAAAUUUAAAUGGCCUGAAAGAUGCAAUUAACUCUGGUGUUAAGGAAAUUGCUCUUUUCAUGGCAGCUACUGAAUCUUUUUCAAAGAAAAACACCAAUUGUACAAUAGAGGAAAGUUUCAUUCGUAUUGAAGAGAUCAUGAAAUUGGCUCUGAAAGAAGGUCUCAAUGUUAGAGGGUAUAUUUCAUGUGUUAUCGGUUGUCCAUAUGAAGGUCCAGUUGACCCUGAAAAGGUGACUCAACUUUCCAAACGAUUAUAUGAACUUGGAUGUUAUGAAAUUUCACUUGGUGACACAAUCGGAAUCGGAAAUCCAGGAACUUUUGAGAAACUAUUGGAUAAAAUUACUCGACAAAUACCAAUUGAUUGUAUUGCCGUUCAUUGUCAUGACACUUAUGGAAUGGCUUUGGCCAAUAUUUAUGCUGCUCUACAAUUUGGCAUAUCUACUUUUGAUUCAUCUAUUUCUGGUCUUGGUGGUUGUCCCUAUGCCCCCGGGGCAACUGGAAAUGUAGCAACUGAAGAUUUGGUUUACAUGCUCCAUGGUAUGGGAAUUGAAACCGGAAUUAAUUUUGAUGAUUUAAUGAAAACAAGCUCAUUCAUUAGCUCAACACUUAAUCGUCAACCCGCUUCUCGAGUGUUUAAAGCUUUAAAUGUCAAAGAGAAAGUCAACUAAAUUAGUUAAUUACAAUUAACAUCCUGGAUUCUGAAAAAAAUUUGUGCCUUCUCACAAUCAAUCAAUUAGAUAUUCAACCAAUAAUUGAUAUUUUUAGUCUUAAUUGUAAAAUUGAUUAGCAGAAAUAUAAAAAUUUUCUCAUUUCAA